UACACAUGUUUUCUCCCCCAGAACUUCGCGACGGCAGAUGCCACGAUCACUGAGAAUGACGGCCUUACACUCGUCAAGGAAAUGGCAGAGGACGUUUCCAACAUGAUGAAAUUCAAGGUCGAGGCUGUCAAGCGCAUCAUGAACGUCGCGGAGGAAGCGGCUCUCGACAAGGAGCACAAGCAGGCAGAGAAGGUGAAGUACUACAACGCGAAGAGACUGAACGAAGUGUACACGGACCGGAACAACCAAGUGAAGCUCAAGGAAGGCUACGAGGAACUCACUCUCAUCCCUAACACGCAUUUCGAUGGCAUCCCCGUCAAUGAGAAUGUUUCUUCCGUCCAUGUUCCCACCAAUGUUUACGACGAGGGCUCGAUGACCGGCCUCCGUCGCGAGAUCGCCAAGCACGUCGUCCUCAACAUCCUGGAGACGCUCAACGAGAACGACUUCGUGAACGUCUUCAACUUCAGCACGAACGCCACGGAGCUGGUGCCCUGCUUCAACGACACGCUCGUGCAGUACAACAAGAGCGGGCAGGGGUCCCAGUGCAACCAGGCCAUCAUGCUGGUCACCGACGGCGCCCCCUACAACUUCGAGGAGAUCUUCUCCAGGUACAACUGGCCCCACCUCCAGGUCCGCAUGUUCACCUACCUGAUCGGCCGCGAGGAGACCAAGAAGAGGGACCUCAAGUGGAUGGCUUGUGCUAACAAAGGUUACUUCGUACACGUCACCACCCUGGCGGAGGUGCGAGAACAAGUGCUGAAAUAUAUACCCGUGAUGGCGCGUCCAAUGGUCAUGUAUCAGAACAAGCAUCCGCAUAUAUGGACCGGAGUGUAUGCAGAUAUAGCCCAUCCCAGACACGGUUAUUUGGAUCCCAAACAGACCGACUGGCUUUGGGAACUGCGCGAGAGAAAGAGACAAAUGGACAGAACGAACAAUUAUAGGAAUCUCAAGAAGAGAGUCGAGAACAGACAGCUGCCUCACGAUUACAUAAUUCGCGAGAGUGAGAAAAUCGAGAAGUUUUUGGAAUACGGAGAAUUCGUGCUAACGCCCAGAGACGCCGCGCGUAUGAAGGCUAAGCAUAACAGGGAGGCGAGGCGCGAGCGCAUGAAGCGGGAGGUGCUAUUUCUGAAGCCGAAAAAGAUUCACGAUCACAAGCUGCUCAGCUGGUAUUAUCGCAUUCUAAGAGAACAGCAAAAGAUCGAUGAUUUUUAUGAAGACAUUAGAUUGGGUCGUCGAGGAGCUCCAGGACUACGCGAGGGAUACAGGCUUAUGACAUCCGUGUCUGUUCCUGUCUUCGACCGCAAGAAAACCUCAAACAUCACGGAGAGAGUUUUGAUCAAUGAGGCCGUUUGGGAAAAGAGGAAGAGAGAGGUGAGGACAGCUAACCUGCUUGGCGUCGCCGGCACAGAUGUUCCUAUUACAGAGAUCGAGAAGUUGGUGCCUCCGUACAAGCUUGGUGUCAAUGGUUAUUCUUUCAUGGUAAACCAAAAUGGCUACGUGCUCUAUCAUCCUGACCUCCGGCCGGUGCACGAAGAGGCAAAUGCUGAGGUACUGAGGAAGUCUCGAGAUAAGCGUAAAUGGUUCCAAGACAUUCUGAAGCCCAAUUACAACAGCGUCGAUUUUGCGGAGGUGGAGCUGAUCGACCACGAUUCGGGUCCUCGGUCGAACAACUCGGAUUUACUGGAGCUGACAAAAGGGAGAGAUUAUAAUACCAAGCUUCGUCGUGACCUCAUUGACCAGCGAGAACACGAGUCAAAUUUCUCCGUCAAAAUUCAUAUGGAUAACAUGAAACGCGUCGUGACAAGGCAGCAGCGGUACUUCACUCAGAAGGUGAAAGGAACGCCCUUCAGCUUGGGGAUUGCCAUGCCUAUGGGCUAUGGCAAGUAUAAGGUGUACGGGCAGGUUGAGCUGUCCAGGGCGAUUCAGGAUCCCAGAGGAGUGAAAGUAACUGAUUACUUCACCUCUGGGAACUGGUCUAUCCACCCCGAUUGGGUGUACUGUGAGUACAAGUAUGACCAGAACCGCCCCGAGAUGACCCCUGAGGAGCUCAUGAUGGACUUCCUGACCCGCGCCCAGGAGCCCCGCUGGAAGUGGCGUUCCACCCGUACCCGCGCGCCCCCCGAGCCCUCCAUGACCAAACCCCAGUACAGCAGUUGGAAACCUGGUGUUGUAGAGAGCGAGAGGAAAGACAGCUAUUACUGCGACAAAGACUUGGUUCAAAGCAUGGUCUUCGAUGCGCGCGCCACCAACGUCUAUACGGAAAGGACGAUCGAGGACAAGAUUGCCGAUGAACACCCUUUGGAGAUGUACUUAGCCCUUAUAUUCAGUCGUGGACGCCAGAAUUUCGGAAUGACAACAGCGUUCGUGGCGACUCGAAGUGGCCUGACGAGGUGGGUCGACCUCACGAAGCUGAAGCCGGGGGAUACUCCGGAACCAUCGGAUGAACCACACAUUAUGCAAAUCCACAACCGCGCCAUCGAUGAAGUGUGGUAUAAGAGAGCCGUAGAUUAUUACGAAGAGGAUCCAGAUGCUUACGUCUAUUCUGUUCCCUUCGACGCUGCUGCUCAGAACCCCGAGGACGUCCUCGUAACGGCCACGCGCGCCAUCUUCAUCGAGGAGAACCGGCACCGCAAGGCGCCGGCGGCCGUCGUGGGCGUCACCAUCAAGCACCAGAAGUUUGUGGAAUAUUUCACCAAUGAGACGUAUAAGACAAAGAAAGCGUGUCCUUCAUAUCCCUCGAGAGAUUCAAGCUGCAAGAAUGCAAAGACCUGUGAGAGUGUUUACCUGGACUGUUACCUCCUCGAUGACAAUGGUUUCAUUAUCGCAUCCGAGAAGAAUGAACACACGGGCAAGUUCUUCGGAACUCUGGAGGGUACUAUAAUGGAGUCGCUGGUCCAGAGUGAAGUUUACAGGAAGGUGAAAAUCUACGACUACCAGGCAGUGUGCUUGGACAGUCAAACUGAGCCAAAUCCAGCUUCCAUUCUGAUGACGCCAGUACAAAUGCUGAAAUGGACAGCCAACUGGGUCAUGAGCAACAUCUUUUGGGUGUUGGUAAAGACACACCUCUACACCCUGUGGGACCCUAAUGAAGCCUGGGCCUACACCCACGGGGCUCGUGAGGACGUCUACCCAGACAUCAACAACCCACACAUGGAGCCAGUGGAUUACAAAGAGGUCUUCGAUGAAACUAUUGCAGAUUACAUUUCUGAUGAACCAGCACCAGAGGUUGCAAAAGAAUACCCGGCUGUUGAAGAAAAUGGCCUACCUGAUUAUGAGCCAGGAGAGAAGGGGUCAGGUGAAGCAGGGUUAGAGGAAGAGGAAGACCAAAUUCUUGAGGGUUCAGGCAUGGAGGGCUCGGGGGAGGACCCCUCACCCGACACCAGCGAGGCAGACUUCGACGAUGGGAUAAAUGAAUCAGAACUCCUAGAAGAGAUAGAUAUAUUAUAUACAGAUUGGGCUGAUGAAGACGAGGAAGCCUUAUACACUGAUCCUGAUGACGAUCGCCAGUACUCAGAGGAUUACGAGCACCAGGCCGAGGAUGGAGAUUUCCCCAGCCUUGAGCUUGCUUACAUCAAUAAGACCCAUCCCAGACCCUGUGACAAGGAAGUCGAACUGUACAAGUUGCAAAACCACAAGCUUCAAACAGAUGGGAACUACAAGCCUGUGAAGGGCAAGCUGUCCAAUUGCCAUCCCAAUGGCUGUGGAAGGCAUUUCAGUGUACAGAAGGUAGUCUCCACCAACCUCAUUCUGGUUGCCGUCAACAACCUCUGCUCCUGUGACUCAAGAAGGGUGGACAUUGAGCCACUAGAGGUUGAAUAUAAUGAGACCAUGUUGUGCAACCGCCUGCUUCUCCAUCACUACCGAAAUCGACCAGGGCAUUGCUUCAACUACCAUCCUGAAGAACACGAGAUCAAGCAGUGUGGAGGAGCUGGCUCUCUCACCCUUCCAUCAGCGGCUGUGUUAACGCUGCUGGUGCUGGCACAUGUGUGUAAUACCCUCAAGCUCCACUCGUGAUAGUUGUGUUGACUACAGUAGCAAAGGCAUGUGGAGGAAAACAAAAUCAAUGGUGUUAUGUCGAAGUAGUGUUUCAUUUGCUUCGUUUAGUAUUAAUAUAUUGGUCUACAUUGUGAUCUAGGGAAGGGGAGAGAAUUUUUUGUGUAUUGAGAGCUUUUUUUAACUAGUUGUGCAAGGAUGAGUAUUUGAGAGGUUGAACUCUGAAUAUGAAUAAAUCUGUUAUAAGACCUACUUAAUACUCUCUUUAUAUAGGGGACAUUUCCUCUUUCUCGUGUGUACAUACUGUGUGAUUUUCUUAUGGAUAUACCAGAAGGUGCAGUCUGUCAGGAAACAACACUCCUAUCUUAUAAUAGCCAGAGUCUGAAAAGUUUGUUUCUGAACAUAGCAGACUGAAUGUUAAGAGAUAAGGGCUUCGUUCAACCAAAAUAUAUCCUAGAGUUUUUAGAAUAUUCUUCACCAGCGAUCAAGUGCAUCCAUGACAAGAAGAGAAAGCAGAAAAUGGCAAGGCAAGAUACUGCAGUUGUUCCAGGGAAAUUCUCAAUUGGCUCUUCCCACAUGGAUGAGAACCCCUAUUUUGAACUGCUUAAGUGACCCAGUCCAGUGUUGACUUGUAAAGAAGAGACAAUACAGAUUUUUUCUCUCUCUCUCACUCUGGGAGUGUAUAAGAAUGCUCCUCUUUUCCAGGCAUGACACCCCUAACCCACCUUUAGCAUAAGGUUUAAAAUUCUUCAGUCUUACCUUGUGCUGCUGGACCUUACGAAGAGGGUCGGUGACGCACUCUUCAGCUGGAAUGUUCAAGAGGAAAUCCUUUUUGGAAAAAGUGUUAUAAAAAAAAAAGACAGCAGAGUCAAUACUGAAUUGGGAAAACGUACUCAUAAGGAAAAUAAUGAUGAUGUGAGUUUUUUAUCUUUGUACAUAUAUCAGAUCAGUGAUGAUUGGUUGGUUUGUGUAAUCAUUGUGUUUCUAUGGACAAUACUAAAAUAUUAAUGCUCCUAUAUUACUAAGAUAAAUAAGAACCUCAUUACGUUGUAAACCCUCACUUUAUUUUAGUCACUGUAUUUUUUUCAUCAUUUUGACACCUGAUUCAUGUUUUAUAUAGUACCAAAAAGGUCUUUUUUGCUAAUAUCAAAUCUUAUAAAAAGUAAUACUACAAACUUCAAUGAGGUAUUCAAAUGGAGAGUACUAUAUUUAUUAAAAAAUAAACUUAUAUGUAGUGUAGAUCUAUCAGAUAAUUUUACUAGACAUUUUGGCUCAUAGACAAAUAGUAAUCUUCAUUUUUUACGAAAUGAGUUCAUGCCAUUUUAUGUUUUGUGAUUAGACUUUAGGAAUUUUUACCGAUAGGAAAUCGUAGGAAGAUUCCCAGGUGAAGAAUAUUUACCAAAAAUAAGAAUCCAUAUCAAGGGAGUGGCAUAUCACUCGGGUAAUUUACACUUGUUAUACUUUUUAUUCUUACCUCAAGAAGGUAAUAUCAACUCAAUUGUGAUGUUUUUUCUUUAUUGUUAUUAGUGGUUUAAUAUUUUUUCUUUGAUCCAAGACAUAUAAAUAUAUAUAUAGAUAUAUACAACAGUAUUAGGGGCUUGAUGCCUCAGCUGUGAUGACGUGUAAUUUCUGCUACAGUAGGAUGGUCUUGUUAUCGCUUGAAUAGCAGUACAGUAUCUUUAGGGAUGUUUGUACAGCUGAUUUUGCAACCCCGGUAAAAAACAAAAAAAAAACAAAAAUUAGAGAUUAAGACAUGACUCUUAAAUCUUUUAGACAAAUUUUAAAAUUUCAGUAAAGUUAAGCUGAAGGGUAAUAUAAUGCAAUUGCAGAAAUGGAGAGGGAGUGAAGAAAGGAGAGAAAAAAAAAGUGGGGGGGGGGAAAUUAGUAUGCUAAAUCAUUUAAAUAUUAUCAUAAUGAGAUACGACACAGGAACUCAAAAACCCUUUGUUUCCUAACAGUAAUAGAUUAAUACAUUAGAUCAUCAGCUCUUCUAACAGUCCCUGAAGAUGGUGUGUUGCUACCAUCUCUUAGUUUUCAAAGAGGCAUUGGCAUGACGAAGUUUUGUUUAGAAUUAGCAAACAUUUGGUAUCACAUUUAUUACACUUAAAAGGAAGAUACUAUUAGAUUGAAGGUUAAUAAUUUUCAGAUAUGUAAAUAUUCAUCAUGAUGUGCUAUACAUGUACUGUUGUAGUCGCAUGGUAAACUGGAGUCCAUAAUUCGAAACUAGAAGAUAUUUAAGGAUAUUUAAAAAAAAAAAAAAAGAAUCAAGAUGGUUUUAUUCCAUGUGGAUAAUUACAUACUCUUAGUAACCCAUUGUACAUGUAAAUUACUGUACGGUAUUGUUUUUCUGAUCUUAUAACUUGUACUUGUUGUCAAGUUUCUACUGGAUGAUAGCCCGGUUGCUGGAGAAUUGCAUAUACAUAUUCAGCAAGAAGAGUAAUGGACUUCACACUGCAUCAUCUUAAAACCAGUCCCAGGCAGCUUGGACUCCUGGUGUGGUCGAUCCAUGUUCAUGCUCACCUACGAGAACUUGAAUGCCAUUAUUCUUCCCAUAGAGAUAUGUUAUGCUCUUUUCUCUACCUGUUGUGGAUUGCAGAUAAAUGUAGUUGCGUUAUGAGAGAAAAUUAUUCAGUUAUUAUGUUCAUCGGGUGAAUGAUCCGAUGUGAAAUUAGGGCAAAUAAUUCAAGCUUCGCUGCAGUUUUAUAUCAAAUGGCUAUUAGAGAUAAAAAAGAAUCAAUUGUUGAAGCUCGCCAAGUGAAAGGCGGCAUUUUAACUGGUAAUCAUAAACAUUCAUGAAGUAUUUUGCUUAUGAUCUGCAGCCAAGUGUCUUUCAAUUGAUAAUGUGUACAUGCUGUAGCAGUUUAUUGAUGUGCAUACUUCUGUGUAUGAUUAUAUGGCAUAACGAUAGUCCUUUGUUGAGCAUAUUGUGCAUGUAUUCUUAGUACAUAUAUUGUUUUCAUGGUGCACAUAUUUGAUCCUACUGUUUCCUGUUUGUUGUUAUUUUCUAGUUAGUAUAUAUUGUGCAUCUCCACUUUCACUUUAUCAUAACUUUCCCAUUUAAUUACAAGAUGCACAUUGGAAAAAUUGUUAGAGUUAUGUCCACUCUCAGUUAACCGCAGUGUAUGUACCGCAACCUGAUUAGUACAUACUUUUAUUAUUUGUCCUGUUUCGACAUAUUUAAAUGUAUACCUGCUGUUUCUUUUUAAGGAUUUUGUGUCACAAUAGCGACCAUAUUUCUGGCUGCCAGGUGAUAAUGCAGGUGUAGAUAUAAUCAUUUAUAUAUUAUCAUUUGUAGACAUAGGUGAAAAUUGUCAACUACGGGCUUGUGUGCACUGUAAACUUCUUGAAUCUUUGUUCUUGUGGUAUUUCUCCCGUGGAUUUUCUUUCUCAUCUCUUUCAUGUGGGUUCCUUCUCUAUAAACUGCAUAAUAUGGAAAUGAUCCCUGUAGGUAAUUGAUGAGUAGUGGAGAAAUUUUGCUAAUACAGAAAUUACUGAUGCUUUAUAUAGAACUGUGUAUGUCUCCACUUUUAGCGAGGAACUUUGCCUUCCGGCCAAGUUUCCGCGUCUGAAGUUGGCAAUCAGUUAUAAUACUGUGAGGAAAUUAGGAAGAUUUAGUAAACCAAGGAAUGUUUAGAAUACCUUCCAUGCAAUUAUUUCAUGGUACCAUACUUCAGAAUUUAUUUAUAUAGGGAAAUGCUACCUUGUAUUAUGACAGAAUCCCUGCAUUGUAAUUCAUUUCAUAAUGGGCAAUUUUAGGUACUAUAUCAGUUAAGGGCCAAGUUAAGAAGGGCGAGAGGUCUCCCAGACUGUGGACCAACCAGCACCCCGCACCAAUUAGAGUCUUGUCCUCAACCCACCAGGAACUCACACCAACUACGUCUUGCAGACCUAUACGUUAUAUCAUUACCUUUUUAUAGAAAGCAUUCCAGGCAUGUUUGUUCUGCUGUCACUGUUUUGGAAUGCAGCUAAAGCAUAGGGGCUUUGAUUCAGGUUUGAGAAGAUGGCUAAUCUUUCAUACCACUAGGAUGUGUCGGUGUGUGUAUUGUAAAACACACACACACAUACACACACACACACACACACACACACACACACACACACACACACACACACACACACACACACACACACACACAUUCUCUGUCUGAAUCAAGCCCUGUUCCGUCACUAAAGAAAAAAGUUCCUCAAAACAACAGAGUGUGCUUUAACUCUCUUGGUCAUAUCUUGUAUUGGAAAGCUCUUGUGUGACAUCUAUACUUUCCAACUAAGGCUUUUAAAAGCUGGUGCUUUAAGAGGUUAUCAGGACAAGUUUUUUUUUGUCAUUGAUUUUCCUCGACAAUAUUCCUCAGGCUGUGUGUUUGGGCCUUACCCAGAGGCACACAGAAGGGGGGAUGGUAAGUCAUCAUGUUCAGCGACGAACUCUUCAAGAAUCAAGUUUUGAACACCUUACAGUAUCAAAUAGUAUUUGAAAAUUAUGUAUUGGGAAAAAAUUUAGAUUAUGCUUAUGAAUGAAAUAGGACUGAAAAAGUGAAUGGAUUAUAAUCCUUUAGAUUUUCAUGAGAAAAGCAGGUAAACCUAAUGAUUGUUUCAUGUUUGUUAGAUGUUUUCUCACCAUUCUCAAAUUGAAUGUAAAGGAAUUACCAUCCCUCAUUAGUCAUGCAUUGUCCAUAUAGUGGCCGUAGCCAGAAAGAUUCAUGUGAGAUGACUGUCCAAAAGUAAUGUAAAGAUAUAUUUUUGAAGAAGAUACUAGUGUAAGGAUAAUGUAAGUUUUUAUUUCACUUUUUUUCUCCAAACUGAGCACAUUCGCACGACAAAAGUCCACUAAUUAACAAAGCACUAAAUCUGAACUAAUCCUUGAAGCAAAUGCACCGAUCCUCUCCAGGUUUGUAUAGAUCAUCCUGCACGAGUCAGCUCCGAGUUCGUAGAGAGAGCACACGCCCCAAGACGGUGCCGAGGAAGCAUCCGUCACACAUCAAGUGAGGGGAGACCUUUCGCCCUGGGGUCAUUAGUGAGGGGAAGCUGAUGACCUGUAUCCGCGGGUCAGCUUAGGUCAGGUACAGGAGAACCACCUGCUCAACUCCAUCAGAAAAUUUUGAAAUACUAUGUGAUGAAACGCCAUUUCAGUGGAUUUUUUUAGGUCAUUCACAAAUAAUGUAACCUGCAUAAUAAACUUUAAAAAAAGAAUCUCAGAGCAAUGAUAUUUUUUCAAAGACAAACUUCUAGGUCCUGGUUUCUGAAGCAGGGAUGAAUAACCAUUUUCUUUUCUGUUUCGUUUUUUAACCAAAUGUUUAAUAAUGCUUUGGGGGCUGUGAGUCAAAUGGUUCAGUGGGCCUGAUCUCUGACCCGUAGCCGGGAGAACAGUGACCUGAACGUCUUGCUGUUGUCUGACCAGCGCUGCCUGAGGUAAGCUCAGCGGGAAUGUAGGAGCAGAGUGGAGUCUUGUAGGUCAAUAUUACAUGCCUUGCAGGUCACGCACACCUGUGUCCACCUAUGUAGCUCUCUUGCAAGGUCAUUGGUUUAUCUUUCAUCAGCCUUUGACUUCUUUUUUUUCUCUUUUUUUUUCAGUCAAACAGGCAAGAUGUUGAUAAUAAUAUAUAGAUCAUAGAUAAUGCGUCCCGUGUUAAUGUCGUAAUUACUACCACAGAAGUAUACUAUAUAUAUGCUGUGACUGUAAUGAUCUUAUAGUUACUCAGCUUUCAUGGUGUAGUCACUUCCCACCUACAGAUUGUGUCAUGUUGAUUCAUAAAAAAAUACAAGUACUGAAGGUUUCCCUUUGAGAAUGUGUUUUAGAAACAAGUCUCCACAAACGAGAUGGAUUUUUAGCAUCAUCGAGAUCAAAUAAAUUCAGUAUAAUAGAAAGGCCAUAGACAGAGCCGGCUGGUCGAAGCACUUGGGCUACACAAGACGCGUGAUAUUAACCCUCAAUACUCGACUUUCAGCAUUAAUUGUAUAGAGCGGGCAUCCAAGUGAGUAGGUCACACUAUAAACAUUGUGUAGCUAUUUUUCACAAGUGCGACAUCAAGUAUAACAAAGAGGAGUCUUUUUGUGGGAAUGGCUGCAAUCUGUUGAAGACAAAAGAGAAUGAAAAAAUAAACAAUCAACUUUCUUAGAGCGGAUCUAAAAGGCCUCCACACUGAGGUUGUUUUUGGUGAAGACAAUAUGGAUAAUAAUCGCUUCAUUCUUUAUGUCCGCGGAGGUUGCCGAAUACAACCAAAAGGUCAGUACGCCCAAGGGAUGUAUUAUGAAAGUCUUUCCGGCCAUAAAAAGUGUUUUGAGCAGUUUGCACAUUUUAGCCAACAAAAAUGCGCCUUAGGUCAGGUAGUCACGAUUCCCAGGCGGUGCUCGAUAGUAACCUUCUCUUCUUUGACUAUCUCGGCCGAGUUGGAUACGAGGAACACAGUCUUUUCAUUCUCAAUUCAUCUCCAUUUGUUCAUGGAUGAAUCAGGGGGUGGGAUCAGGUAGAAAAAUAUAUAAAAGAUAUAUAUAUACAUAUAUGAUAACCAAAUACAGUAAAAAAUAAAAAAGAAAUGAACUCAUUGCUUAAAAAAAGUGUAACCAAUGUGUAUUAAGUGUUCAUCUGUUUCUCAUUAAGAUGGAGAUGUGUGGUUUUGUAUAACCGACCUUUCUAAUUCCAGUAAAUGACUUUUUGUGUCCUGGAAAUGAGUGUUCCUGUUGUUCCAGUACCGGCGUGGCUUUGAAUUGUCCCGGCUUCUCUUGUUUGUCGAUGUUGCCUCGGUGUCUGAGUGCUCUGUUUAUGUUCGCCAUUUUCAUUUUCAUUUUCUAUUGAAGUCCCCCACCUCCCACGCCCCCCACUCCCUCCAUCUGCAAGAACUACAGACACGUACACUCACGAUAACUGUUUUAUUUUGUGUUGAAUGCUUCUGUUUACAUGUGCGAAAUUAUAUAUAUAUAUAUAAUCUCAAAAAACUCUUUGUCUUCCAAGCACAUGAUAACACUUCAUUACUUCCCACACCUGACACUGAAGACAGCGUAUCCAAUACCCAGAAUUGAACUUCAGAGGAGUGUUUCUAUGGGGUCAUCAACAACUAUUUCUUACAAAUUACGAGCCACUAAUCGUGUCUUAAAACCAUUUUGAUAUUUUGAUAAUGCACCGAGGGAGAGCUAGAUCAGUAGUUAACGAAUUAAGAUGAAAGGAACCAGUGAAUCCUCAUGGUUAUUUUUUUUUAAGGUUGAAAUUAGUAAUGAUAAUGCCAAUCGUUAAAUACAGGGUACUCAUCAUCAUGUAGAGUCAAUCUUCCGAAAAAAAAACUUAAGUAAAAAAUCAAUCAUGUUAACUAAAUCCACGAGGAAAAUACAUUUCACUGGUAACCUUUCAGAAAAAAAAAAGCGAGAAAGAGAGAGAGAAAAAAAAGUCCCCGCAUUUCAUUCAUGUCACCCACCCACCCCACAACCCACCCCACCCUUUUUGUCUGUGUAUAAAAGUCCGCAAGUUGAUGACGCCACAACACACCCAAGCACCAUCUGCCCACAACACGCCCACACCCAUACACCCACACCCACGCCCACACCCACACCCCCAGAGCACUCUUCCACCGACCCCGGCAUGGCUUCGUAGGUGAACUUUCAGGUGACAUGUUCUUCUAACCUCCCUGCGUAACGGUUUCUUCCAUGCGACGCCUUCACUCCUCACGAGAGUUUAUUUGUAUCUUGAGGACACAAUAAAAUGUUAAUUGUC